GUGGCUACAGAGAUGUUUAUUCAGCACCUGGCUGCGGCUGGACAUGCCCAGUCGCGCUUGGAUGGAGCGAAAACGUUGCGGUAUAAGGAUUUGGCGAACGCCGUGGCGAGGAGGGAUGAUCUGGAGUUCUUGUGUGAUAUUAUCCCGAGAACGACCACGUACAGACAAGUGAAGGAGAGGAAGUCAGGCAAGACAAGUGUGGCGAUGCAAAACGACGAUCACAACGCAUUGGAGGCCGCCGUUGCUCUCUUCCGCAGUACACAGCAGCAACCGACAUCCACCCCCGUCACCGCAGCCCCAACCCCUCGAGUCGAGCCCGCACCAGUUACUAUGCAGCAACCAACUCUCCAAAUCUUUCCUCUCCCCAAUGUCGCAGGACCAACCCUCCAGACACUGCAACCACCAUUGGCAACCCUCCCACCAAUACAAUCACACACCCCAAUUCUCCCACCGCCAAUGCAACCCUCCUAUCCCCAUACCUACGCCACCUACUCCUACCCUCCGCACGUCCCAGCACAUCCCCAUCCUUACUACCAACAACCCGCACCCCCAAUUGCAACACCCGAACAACAAGCUCACUACGAAGCAUACUACGCGGCACAAGCACAAGCAGCACAAGUCGCUCACGCGCAACAGAUUCAACAAUACGAAGCGCAGCAGGCUCAGUUGGCGCAGAUGCAGGGAGGACAAGCACAUGGGGUGCCUAUGUCGAGUUUGUUGAGUGGACCAGGACCGCAGGCGAGUCCGGCGGCGACGGCUGGACCCGGGCCUGUAGGAGGAGAUGCGGCUGCAAGGGUUGUGGAGACCCCGGCGCCGGGCGGUGAGGGUGGACAGGCGCAGGCAGCGGUAGAGCAUAUGGAGGGAGUAGAAGGACAGACACAGACGCCGGCUGCGGAGUAAGGUAUCAAAGGGCAGUUGUGGAUUUGGAGGGCUUGAGUAUUUUGGAUGUGGUGAAGGACGGGCAGCCUUGAGAGGAGGAAAGAUGCAUCCGCAAGAGAUGAAAUAUUAUCUAGGUAUCGUAGAUUGAUACGGAAACGAUUCUGCCAUCC